AUGCCCAAGGCUAGUUCUGGUGUUGUGACUGGGCUGUCUUCGCCACCACAGCCCGAGGAACGAUAUCACAUCUUGUCCAAUAAGCAAAAGUGGAAUCUCGUCAUCCUCGUCUCCUUCGCGGGCUCCUUCUCGCCAUUGUCUUCGAAUAUAUACUUUCCCGCGGUCGACACUAUAUCUAGGGAUCUAGGAGUGAAUAGGUCCCUGAUUGCCCUUACCAUCACGGUAUAUAUGGUUGUUCAGGGAAUUGCUCCCUCUCUCCUAGGUGCCUUCUCGGACGCUUACGGCCGCCGCCUCACAUUCACAAUAACUCUUACUAUUUAUGCUGUCGCUAACCUCGCCCUGGCGUUCACUACCAACUAUCCAAUGUUGAUGGUACUGCGUGGCCUUCAGGCGGGAGGUUCUGCAGCAACUAUUAGCAUUAGCGCUGGAGUCAUUGCUGAUAUUGCUUGCCCACAAGAACGUGGUCGUUUCAUAGGGACAAAUGCUGGUGUUCGAAUGACUGGUCAAGCAAUUGGUCCAAUCAUUGGAGGCGCAUUGAAUAGUCUAUGGGGCGUUCGAAGCAUAUUUUGGCUGCUUUUCAUCCUAAGCGUGAUUGUCCUUGGCGCACUCCUAAUCUUCCUUCCAGAAACGCAACGCAGCAUAGCAGGGAACGGCACAAUCGUUGUGUCUGGAUUCCAGAAGCCCUUUAUCUAUUCUAUAAGAACGCCAUUGGCCUGGACAAACAACUCUGAAACGAGCACGUUUAGUCCCCUGGCUUACAUUCUUGAAAAUGACAUUGCUGCGCUUUUAGCCUGGGGUGCUGUAGCUUACACAGCAUGGAGCAUGGUCACAUCUUCUACCACAACAAUGCUGCUGCUCAGCGUCCCCUUUCUUACGCAGUCGCAAAUUGGGCCAUGUUUCCUCCCAAAUGGGCUAGGCUGCAUCUUUGGCUCGCUCAGCACAGGCCUGAUCCUGGAUCAGAGCUUCAACCGUGUCCUCACACGAUACAAGACGGAACACGGCAUCGCUCCGGAAGAAAGUGUUGUUCACAGGCGCGACUUCCCAUAUGUGCGGGCCCGCCUACGCCUCAUGCCUGUAUUUAGCAUUAUGCUCAUGACGUCCCUGGCACUUUAUGGACCAAGCUUUGAAUUCAAUGACUUACUGCAGCGGUUUGGACCGAACUUAGUCGCACCGCUCAUCCUCCAAUUUAUGAUUGCCUUCUCGGUGACAGCUAUUUUCAACAUCAACUCGACUAUGCUGAUUGACUGCUUCCCCGAGCGACCUGCAAGCGCGACAGCGCUCAACAACCUGUGCCGAUGUCUACUGGGGGCGGUGGGCGUAAGCGCCAUCCAGCCAUUGAUUGGUGCUGUAAGGGCUAUGAGAGCAUUCUUCAUUGUGAGCGGUGUCGUGUUUUUCUUCACUCCACUAGUUUGGAUUGAAUGGAAAUGGGGGGAGAGAUGGAGACAAGAGAGAGAAAAGAGACGUGCUCAGCGAAAUUAA